AUGCAUCUCCACCCCACAUGCUGGCGGUCCGAUAUCCGCUCGAUGACUACAGCAGCACAUAUUCUUCGGUCCGUCCAAUUCCUUCUUCCUCUGACUGCGUUUCAAGCUCGCUUCAACCGUGUCUAUUUGGAGAAACGUGCCUCUGCGAGGUCAACACAGAAGAACGCCAUGGCCCAGCCAUCCAUCACCCUCCUCUCCGACCUGACACCACCGUCCCUCGAACGAGCCUGGCUGUCAGCCCCGCACCCCACCCUCCCCAUCGUCGCAACCUGCAGCUCCGACAAAACUGUCCGGAUAUACUCUCUCACCAAUUUCCAGCUCCUCUCCACCAUCACCGGCGGCCACAAGCGUAGCGUCCGCACCGCCGCAUGGAAACCCCACGUGCAAGGGGAAAGCGUCCUUGCGACGGGUUCCUUCGACGCGACUGUCGGCGUUUGGCGCCGCUGGGAUAGCUUCGGCCGUGCCGAAGGCGGCAGCGCCGCCUGGGAAAGCAACGCCGAGGCCGAGGUUGACGUGGGAGCACGUAUCGGGCAAACGGGGGCUUUGAACGAGGGAGCGGAGGAAGAUGAAGAAUGGCGAUUCGCCGUUCUUUUGGACGGUCACGACAGCGAAGUCAAGUCCGUGUCGUGGUCUGCUUCGGGAAUGCUUCUGGCAACGUGUGCGCGCGACAAAUCGAUCUGGAUCUGGGAGGAUUUGGACGAUGGAGACAACAACUUUGAGACGGUGGCGGUGAUGCAGGAGCAUGGCGGAGAUGUCAAAUGUGUGGCGUGGCAUCCUGCAGAGGAGUGUUUGGCGAGCGGAGCCUACGAUGAUACGAUCCGAAUUUGGCGCGAGGAUCUGGACGAUUGGGGUCAGGUGGCAUGUCUCAAGGGGCAUGGUGGAACAGUGUGGUUUUUGGAUUGGGAGAGCAUGGAUAAUGUGCCGUCAGGCGGGCAGAAUAGGGUCGGAGAUGGUCUCGAAGAGGAAGAGAAAAAGAAGAAGCAUGAAGAAAGUGCCGCGUUGCUGAAGCAAUGGCAGGAACAACACGCCACAUCUGGACCACGACUGAUUUCGUGCUCAGACGAUCGUACCGUUCGUGUCUGGCGCCGGUUGCCCAAGGAAAGUCACGCCUUUGGUGCCAAUUCCUCCGCAGCGACCGGAAUUCCCAGCAUCAUUCGGCCCACGGGAUCUGACGAAAGUUGGGUGGAAGAAGCGGUGCUACCACAUGCGCAUGAAUUGACCAUUUACGCCGUUGCAUGGAGUCGACAGACCGGACUUGUGGCAUCCGCCGGUGCGGACGGACGAAUUGUCGUGUACGAGGAACGACUCGUGCAAUCACCUCGAGAGGCAGAUGCUGCGCCAACAUCCAAUAGUGAUUCCAUUGCCAUGGACACCGAGACCGACACCGCCGGGAAACCCUCGCCAGCGGUGCGAACGGAGUGGUCCAUUCUCGCGGUGAUGGACGGCGCCCAUGGAAUCUACGAAAUUAAUCAUAUCGCCUGGGCGAAACGAGCAGAUCGGGGACAAGUCCAGGGUCAAAAAGAAGAAGUCCUCGUGACGACUGCCGACGAUGGAAGCGUAAAAGUGUGGACAUUUCAGCGGUAG